AUGGCUGCAAACAGUAUGCCUAUCUUUAUUCGGGAUAUAUUUUGUAUCCCUAUUAAUACACAGUAUCCUAUAACAGCCAUAAAAUUCCUCUUCUAUAAUAAUUACAAAACCCUCCUGGAUAGAGUCCACAAAGAUCUGCCUGUGCAGCAAUAUAGUUAUAAUACCUAUACUCUAGGCAGUAUUGGGAAGUAUAAUAUAGUGAUUGCAUGCCUGCCCAGUGGCGAGUAUGGCAUUGCAUCCGCCACCACAGUCGCCAUGCAGUUGCUCUCCAGCUUCCGCUCCAUUCGCUUUGGCCUGGUAGUUGGAAUUAGUAGAGGUGUCCCGAACAAGAAUGUCGACAUUCGUCUGGGGGAUAUUGUGGUCAGCAAGCCCACUAACACCCACGGAGGCGUGAUACAGGCCGGCAUCGAACACAUCGGCAUGCUCAAUCAUCCACCGACCACGAGACUUCCACAGAAGGCCACCACUUUUGCUCGUCCAGAUGAAGAGGACUGUUUGUACCGAGCGGAUUACACCCAUGUCAAUAUUGAUACUAAACCCACCCGUUGUCACAGCUGUGAUGCAACAAAGAUUGUACCCCGCCCUUCACGGAGCUCCAAUGAGCCUGCUGUUCACUACGGACUCAUUGCAUCUGCCAAUCAGGUUGUAAAAGACAGUCUACUACGCGAUAAGCUAGGGGAGGAACUAGAUGUAUAUUGCGUCGAAACAGAAGCGGCAGGAUUCAUGAAUAACUUCCCAUGCCUCGUCAUUCGCGGAAUUUGCGACUAUGCCGACUCCCACAAGAACAAAGAUUGGCAGGGGUACGCCGCCGCAGCAGCAGCAACUUAUGCCAGAGAACUUCUGUUGCCCCCGUCAUAUGCACGAGACCUGUCGAGGAUAUCCACGCCGUCCGAAGUUCCAGCCAACCCCCUAGCAGCGACCUCUCAUAGUGAGCUGGAAGGGGUUCAUCUGGGCACAAUCAGAGGUUCGGAGAUCAUCCCGAGACUUAUCCAAUACCCUGAAUACUGGAGGAGAGAGAUUCAUGAACUUAUACAGCGGCUUCUGUCCAUGCAUCCCCAGUGGUGGAUCCAUCGACAGGUGGAGACAGCGAGGGCCAUAAAUGACUUCUUUGCUCGCCACAGGUUUACCUUCAGAGUGAAUAUAUUUCCUACGAGGACUCCGAGGCCGGAAUACCCGGACAAUGACCGACAGUACCUGAAUAUCUUGUUCGAUCAUAACAUAGGGUGGUUGAACAGGUUUGAGGAGGGUACAGCUGAGAUUAAUAUUGGUAUUCUCAAUCUCUGGUCCAUUUUCGAGUUUCUCGAUAGAGAUCUAUAAU